AUGACAACUUUAGGCCUCACAGAUGAACAAAAGUUAAAGGUAUUAUUGCAUCAAUAUAAUCUUUAUUUUACACUCAGUACAUGUAAUUCGGUUGUAGUACUAUCACGUUUCGUAUACGUUUUAUACCAUCGAGAGAGCGAGAUGCAAUCUGAAAUAUCAUCAUUUCGUGCCAUUAUAAAUUUCUUUAACUUAAUGCAUUAUGACACGAGUGUCAGUCGCUCUUUUUAAGGGUUUAUUACUGGCUGAACUAGCCGGUUCUGAGCGAAAUUUAACGAGCGAUCUAUGCAAUUGAUUACGAACUACUCUGGCCGUAGCAGUGACGGUCUCAAUGAAUUCACGUGAAAAAUGAAAAUCUACGGGAGUUAUGAAUAAAGCUCUGAAUAUUACAUAUCUAAAUUACCUCUCGGUCUGAAUAUCUAAAUUAAGUGAAAUGAAAUGUUAGUCGACGUGUUUGGGAUAUUUUUCAGCCUUCAUGGGCCAUUUGAAGCGUCUCUUUAACUAAAUUAUUUUUGGCUGUCUCACGUCAACAAUUAUUAACCCCAAACACAUAGUGCGGUCUAGCUGUGGUAUCACAGCCAUAUUAUAUUACCCUUGGUAACGUCACGCAACAUACAUAAACACUUCCAACUGCUUAAUAACCGAGCGUGAGGGCCGUACUGGGGAAAUUUGGCUCGAGGUCGUGGCAGAGCGAACAGAGCACCGAAGGCCAAUGUUUCCCAGCACAGCUUAAGCAAACAAGGUUAGUUAGUUAGUAGUUUAUUCACUCGUACCAAACUUAAUUAUUUUGAAUUUGCCUGCAGUACGGCUUAUAUAACCCUUUUUUUUGGAAACGAUCCGUAUGGCAAAAUACGGACUUAGUUGUUAACGCCCGGAUUCACCUCAGGACUACCUUGCCAUACGGAAAUGUAGUUUAUUGAAAACUUAAGUUUAAAAUUUGAUUUUCCCUCAACUUGUCUUUAUCUUACAGUAUGAGAGAGACGGUUAUCUUGUCGUAGAGGACGUUUUUGAUGCUGCCAAAGUCAAAGAGCUUUCUGAUGCCGCAGAUGAUUUUGUUAAAAGGUUGAGUAUUAUAUACACUUGGUAUGAAAAUAUGCUGGUCAGGAGGGGCCGGAAGGGAAAUUAUUCUCGUGCUCUCAUUUUAAGAAAGAGAGGGGACCCAGGGCGCGAGGAAGGGUUUUCAACAAAGCCGGUUACUUAAGUCAUAAGUCUUAAGUCAUACAUAAGUCCUAUUACCGUUGAGUGAUUAGCCAGGGUGCAGGCUCUUGAGUUCGAGGUUAGCCUUGAGGCCCACUUUCUGCGUACAGCCGCCUACUACACCAUCUAUAGCAGUUUAUGGAAAAAGUUAUUGAAAGCUCUUCAACCUUGCGUUUACAAUCGACUAAUUUUGUAAUAGAAUUGAAAAUAAAGAUUGCCUGCCUCUGACGAUUGUUACUUAUGAUGCAAAUACACCCUCGGGACUUGGGUUCCUUUUCAAUUUUGAGUAUAAUUGAAAGCUUGCAAACAUGGUAAAGAAAUAUUACAUUAAACCAUCAAUUAAUUGAACCCUCAGAGGGCUAGGAUAAUUAAACGCCCAGUGAAUUAAUUUAAUAGUCCAUUUUAAAGUUGCGUGCUUGGUUGCCAAGCCUUUGAACAGGAGUGAGGCUAGGGGUGACCUUGUUACGAUACAAACCUUGCUGCUUUUCAAGUGAAAAUUACUUUUUUAUCAUGCUAACCAGAUACUGGUCUCUAUCACAAGAAGCUCACCUUCAGCCUUACUCCAAAUCAAAGGCUUGACAACUAAGUACACAACUGUAAAAUGACCCGUUCAGGGCUAUGUUUGAAUUGCCAACUGAACAUGACAGUAAAUAAACAGCCGCUGUGUUGAAUUGCUUGGAGCGUGGGAGCAGGCCAUCAUUAUGAGCGCUUCGGCUCGAGCGUUUUUUCGCCCGUGAUAAAAUUUGAAGCCCUCAAGUUGAGCACUGCAGGUCGGCGAAAGAUCUCAAGGGGUCUCGCCCUACCAGACCCUCUGAAAGCUCUUCCCGCCGGACUCGUCUCAAAUCUUCCCUAGGGUGGAGAAGCGCGCGUCCUGCUGCGCUAAUAAUGAUGGCUUGCUCGUGUAGGCUUAUUUCUUGUGCGUUUGAAGCUCAUAAAAAUUCCGUAACUGUGGGAAGAUAUGAAAGUCAAUGUAAUUUUUGACAUCCAAUUUUUUGUCUGUCUUGCUUAUUUUUCUUCAGAAGCGCCACCAUGACCAACUCAGAUAAAAGUUUCCAUCUUGAGUGGAGAGACAACUCAUCCAAGCCUACUUUAAAACGAGUUUCACUUCCUUCCGCCAUUAACCCAUUAUUUGAGAAAAUACAUCGCGACAAGAAACUAUUAGACAUUAUUUGUGAUUUGGUGAGUCAUGUACUAUAUCCAAUAAGUAAAUAAACCAAGUAGGCAAAAGUGCAGUGAGUAUAGAAUCUUCAAUUGUUGAUCCUAUUUUCAGGUUCCCUUCAAAAUGACUGAUUCGGAAGCACAACAGAUUUCUUUUAUUGAUAUGUUUGUUAGGUUUUCUUCGACCCGAUCGUACAAUAGCAUUCCAAUCAUCUUGAAAUCGCUGGUAUACCAUAUUUUAUCGACUAAGCGCUUACGCACCUAUGGGUGCCAUCCCCUGAUAUCCGAUAAGCGCCCCCCUCCAACCAGGCCAUAAUCUCAAGCAAGCGUUCCUCUCGGAUGAGCGUCCACCCCUCCUUCCUCAACUUCUUAAAUAGCGGGGAUACAAGAACCAAGGGGGAAUCAGUACAGGAGAAUAGUAUCUUUUCCGCUAAGUUACUUCCAGUAAUUUUUCUAUCUCUAUAUUGCCUUUAUAAUUACGUAUAUGUGGAUAAUGUUGAAGUUUUUGUCUUUCUAUUGAAGAUUUCCCCCCCAAAAAAAGGUGACAGUUCGUUGAAAAAAAAUUUGACAAGCGCCUCUCUCGAUCAAGCACCCUCCUUCAAAUAAGUGCACGUCCUUUUAGUCGAGAAGACGUGCCCUUAUUCGAGGAAAUACCAUAUAUGUAUUUCACCGUCAAAAUUUGUGAACACUCGAGAUAAUAUUCCUGAGAAAAUGCCCCGCGGCUCCGUCUCUCUUCCCACAUUUCAGUUCUCUAGUUUUGAAAGAGACUUGAAAGAUCUGUAAGUUAUUUGAUUUUCAGAUUGGUCCUUCCGUCCGUUACAUCCAGCACAACGCCCUAUUCUUCAACUUUCCACAAGGUGGCAGUUUUCCGAUCAAGUGGCACCAGGACUGGACUUUUUGGCCUCACACAAAUAAAGACCUUGUGACGGGCUUCCUUUCAAUUGAUGACUCUAGCAGAGAAAAUGGUAAGAAAAUAAAUACGGCCUCUAUAACAAGUACUGGGGGAGGGAGGGUAAGUGCAUAUACAAUUUUUUAAGUCUCCAGGCGAACUUUGGUCGUGGCUUCCCUCCACUCAUCUUCUUAUUAGUCUGAGCGCCACAUUCAAAUUUUUCCAAUGGCAGAAAUUUGCGCGUAGAAAUCCCAAUAUUUAUUAUAUUAUUCCCGUGAGAAAUUUAUGUUCUCAUAUUAAUACCACCCUGAACUUCGCCAAAAAUAUAAGAAGGGAUGAAUUGAUUUUUGAGGUUUUAGUAUGGAUGAUUGCUACAACAGUGAAUUAACGCGUUGAGUAAAUUUUUUCUUUCCUGCGCGUUGAACUUUUUUAAUCGGAGAGGGUAUCGUGUCUUUUUUUUUUUAUCAAUUUACUAUAUUUUCCAAACGCAGCUGAUUGAAUCAAUAGUUCUUAUUUUUAUUUCAAAGAUCUUUUGCUCUUAAUAAUCAAGCGUGUAAUUGAGUGCCCUUUCUUUUAAGACAAAAAAUUUUCAAAUUAGGACCCGAUUCAAACUUUUCUCAUUACGAAUAAACGGGCAUGAGAUGUUUCAGGGAACUAAGCAAACCACGACUGUAACUGCUUCCGUUGAAACUAAAUGUUGCCGCUUCCGAGAAAAGCUGUGAAAUAUUUUUUGGUUGGAUUAAAGCCCCCGUGAUUAGUUCGUUUAUACAGAAGAUUAUAGUUAGCGUUUCAGUUCAGGAUAAGACCCCGAGGGAUCAAGAUCGUUUUUGAAUAGAAGACGAAUUAGACUGUAAUCCUCAAUAAAGUAAUCAAGACCCACUUGGUAAGCAAUAACUUGUUUUGUGAUUAUGUUACCUCGCUUAGUUCUUACUCCAAGCGAAACCUAUCGCUCCUUUUUUACUUUUCUUUUGGUUCUUUUAAUUGCCAAGUACUCGUUUCCAAAAUCGAGAUUAUUCUUAAGCUAUGAUCUCAAUACUUAGGUAAUUUCUUCAUGUAAUGAUUUCAGUUGACCGCUUCGAUAUAAUAACGCCCUAAGGAAUAGGAAAAGUAAUAGAAAGAAAAGAAAAAAAGAAAAAGAAAGAAAAGAUCCUAUAUUGGUUUGUCUAUCGCAUGCGCGUGUAUCAACCCGGGAAUCGAGUUUCUAACUCUAGCUUGAAAGGAAACAUUUACAACAACGGUGACGCAACGACGACGGAUUGAGUGCAGAAUUUAGAGUUGAGGGAAGGCACGACUUUGAAAGGUUAUUUUCGUACUAAAUAUCAGGAGCACUUCUCACUAAAAAUAGAUCGAAGAAACUAAUUACAUGUAAAUCAACAAGUCACUUCAUUUAUUCAGGUUGUCUACAAGUCAUACCGGGAAGUCAUAAGGGUCCUUUUUAUAAUCACUUCAUCGAAGACAAGUUUGCCUCUGAGAUCAACGACCCGACGUUUGAUCCCAGUCAAGCUGUUUAUGUGGAGGUUCCCGCGGGUGGAAUUUCGUUUCAUCAUCCAUUCACUGUGCAUGGUGCUGCCGCCAACCAAUCAGAUCGAUCGAAGCGUUACUUUGCGUUAUCUUUCACCGCCACAGAUGCGUGGCCUCUCAUCGGUGUUGUGGGCAAGGAGGAACAACUCUGGGGCCCAGUAGACUGGGACCGAUAUUGUUCGACUGUGGUCCGAGGUAAAGCAAGCAGAUUUCCCCGGAUGGAAGCCAUUCCAGUGUCACUUCCGGUUCCGUUUUCUACCGAAAGUAUUGCUCCUUUCUUCGCGCGCGAAAGCAAAUCGAUCCACGGCAACCCAAAAAAUUAGGGGAAGAAAUAGCAUUUUCUGAAAAUCGUGGACACUUUAUUAAAACUUUUCAUCAAAAGAGUUGAAUAAAGAAUAGUCAAACUAUGCAAUC